CGAGAGUCCAACUGGUACACAACACAAGUGUAUAAAUUGGUAAAACGAAACUUUGUCAUUAUUAGUAACCAUACCAUCCAAAAUGAAAGCUACCACGUUUUGUUUGGUGCUCCUUUGGUGUAUCGUGCAGUGUUUUCUGUGGAGUUCCCCGACGAACUUCUGGACAAUGCUUCCCGCGAGUGUUUCAAAGAACAUAACGUCGAGAUACUUCGAUGACAAACUAAGAUUAGUUUAUUUGGACGAACUGGGAACUAAACUAUUGAAGUGUUCAAUUGAAAAGAGAAACUAUUACGAUUCCGAUGGCGAAUUUAACAAGGAGGUGAUUACUAAGGAGAUUACCAAGUGGCUCGAAUUGCUCCUCAAAAAGAAAGGGAUGGACUAUGAAGAACAAGCCGAAAAAAUGUACCAAAAAUGUAAACAAGGAAAGGACGAUGAUCAAGUGGAACGUAUAAAAAACUAAAUAACUGCGUUUUGGACGAACUUGAGAACUUAAAGUAAUAAUGUUAACAAUGUAAUUUUAUUUAUCAUUUAGACUCUUAUUUAGAGGGCCACUUGUUUAUAUGUAAAUUCUAUUGUGGUUAGAAAUAUAGAUUUGGUUAUCUUCUUAUU